AUGAUAGCUGGCUCCUUCAGACCUCCUCCUCAUCUCCAGUCUCAUAGUCCUGCAUCAGUCUUACACAUCUUUGGUAUCGUCUCCAUGUCCCAAACCUGGAUCAGAGGGCCUAUAUGUGGCAUCGACAACUGUCGAUCAAGGCUAUAUAAGUCUUAUGCCGGUAGAAAAAUAUGCCAGUAUGGUCAUGUGGUGGAGGGAAACGUCGAGUUCGCCGAAGACGACGGUGAUGCUUAUACUCAGACAAGAAGAAUCAAUCUUCUGAUCAACGACACUGGUUUCGGUUCCAGUGUAUCUACAUCUGCUGUACCUACUCAGGCUUCCACUCCUACAUUACUGUCUCGUUUGUACGGUAAGGACGCCAGGGCUUUGCACUACAAGGCAGCACAGCAUGUUCUCCAGAAGAUUGUACCUCUAGUGGUGAAGGAAUUCUAUCCAGCAGACCCCCUGUUUCUACAGAACGUAUCGUUACUUACAAAAGUGUUUUGGGUUAGGUUCUGUAAGAGGUUCCAUGAAGUCACGUCUCCAACGACGCUAGACUUGUACGUUCUCAUAUACCUCGCCAUGCGACAAGUGAACCAGCAUCCUAUCUACGUUGACGAUUUCCUUUCGUUACUUCGACACAACAAAACGCCUUACCUAAAUGCUGCUUCACUCAUACCACAGCAUUACUUACGGCAAACGAAUUUGGCUGUGAGGUUGUUCUCUGCCUCGUCAAUCCCGAUCAACAACCACUUCUACUUGAAAAUUGCCCUGCUAGCCCUCGUGGUGGCGCCAAUAGAGCUCUGGAAGACUCCGCUAGAACACUUCUAUCCUGGAGCAUUCAGGGUAUUUACCGAUCUUUCAUUCAAGGACGCCCCGCGUCUUCUUACCAUGUUCCAUAGAAUCGGCUUUCGUAUCACCGAAGGAACUUUUCUGUCGACUUGGAAACAGCAUAGCACACUUCCCGAGACCCAAUACGUUGCACUAUUGGCUUUAAUUAUUAAAAUCUACUUUACUGCCGCUCCUGAAGUGCCCCAAUUGGAACAGUGGAAACAACGUUUGAAAGAACAAUCGUCUUGCAUUCCGUGCUUUGAUACACAGCACCAUUCCAUGAACAUUUCUACUGCAUUAGAUAUGUCCUCAGAUGACACAUCGAAAUACUUUGACUGGAUUCAAAGUAACCUUAUUCCGGAUAGUCGAAAGCAGGCUGAUAAUGACGAAGUACUGCUUACAACCAAAAAGCUCUACAAAAUCUUCCCUCUUGACGAGAUAGAUGAUACUGCCGAGCUUUUCUCUGCCCCUAGUGAAUCUCUUAUUGACUUAACCAAGAACACUUUAACUGUGCAAGAUAUUUUGUCAAUGGAGGAGAGCCUCAUAGAUUACUUUAACACGCGGUUUGGCUUCACCAACAAAACACUCACUGAAGCAGUCGAACGCAUGGAGAAGAGAUUUUAUAAAACACUCAAAGCAGAUGGAGCGAUUAUAAAAUAA